AUGGAGUCUGAGAAAGAGACGCUGGCAAUGCCGAUAGCGAUCUGUGGCAUGGGCAUGAGACUGCCUGGCGGGAUCCGAAACGAUACCGACCUUUACAACUUUUUAGUCCGCAAGCAAGAUGCGCGAAGUGAGAUACCAAAGAGCCGCUUCAACAUUGAUGCAUAUCAUGAUGGAUACUCAAAGCCGGGGACUAUUAUAACCAGACACGGAUAUUUCCUCGAAGAUGUUGACCUUACAAAAUUCGACUUGUCCAUGUUCAGCAUGACCGCCGCAGAAGUUACCCGUCUUGACCCCAGCCAGAGGCUGCUUCUUGAAGUCACGCGCGAAGCAUUCGAUAGCGCCGGUGAGGCCAACUUCAGGGGCAAGAACAUUGGCACGUUUACGAGCCUCUAUGGGGAGGAUUGGAGCGAUUUGCAGACCGUGGACGUGAAUGAUUUUGGCCCAUACCAGCUCAUGGGGAAAAUGGACUUUAUGCAAGCCAACAGGAUAUCAUACGAGUAUGACCUAAAGGGACCAAGCGUAACCGUGAAAACUGCCUGUUCAUCUUCAGGCGUGGCGCUCCACCAAGCGUUGCAAUCCAUCCGCCUGGGAGAAAUCUCAGCGGCGAUUGUGGCGACUUCGAACCUCAUACUAACUCCAGGCCUGGCCGUGGCCAUGUCGGGGCUAAUGGGAUUGUCGCCUACGGGUUCGUGCAAUACGUUUGAUGCGUCGGCCGAUGGAUUUGCAAGAGCAGAGGCAGUCUCAUGUCUUUACAUCAAGCGCCUCGACGAGGCCAUCCGUGAUGGCAAUCCUGUUCGCGCCAUUAUCAGAGCCUCUGGGAGCAAUGCGGAUGGCAAAACCAGUGGGCUUACACUUCCGAACCCGGCUGCUCACGAAGCUCUCAUACGUCAGACAUACAAGAACGCCGGCCUGGACUUUGACCAAACAGCCAUGGUGGAGUGUCACGGCACCGGGACGGCUGUGGGAGAUCCGCUCGAAGCCUCGGCAGUAGCCAAAUGUUUCGGCCAUAGCGACACCUAUAUCGGGUCCGUCAAGCCAAAUCUUGGCCAUUCCGAGGGCGCCUCGGCCAUCAGCAGCAUCCUGAAAGCCGUGGUGUCUCUGGAGAACCAGAUUAUUAUACCCAACAUCAAAUUUGUGACUCCCAAUCCGGCCAUACCAUGGGAUAAGGCCAAGUUGAAGGUUCCCACAGAGCCGCUAUCUUGGCCCCAAGAUCGGUGGGAUCGAAUAAGCAUAAACACGUUUGGCAUAGGCGGUUCCAACGCACAUUUCAUCAUCGAUUCGGCGAGAUCUUUCGGAAUAUCCUCACCAAGCUUCAUGAAGAUCGUUGAUCAGCUCCGAGUAACAGCUGGCAAGAAACACCUUCUCCUCUUCUCGGCGAACAGUGCAUAUUCGCUAAAGGCAGUCUGCGAGGGACACCAGAGGUAUCUGGAUAGAUUUCCCAGCCAACUGGAAUCCCUAGUAUAUACUCUAUCAGAGCAUAGAGAACACCUGAAGCUCAGGGCGUUUGGUAUAACGGAUGGCUCGGUACCCUUUUCAGUCAGCAACCAAACCCAGCAGGCCAAGAGGCCCGGGAAGAUUGCAUUCGUCUUCACGGGCCAAGGCGCUCAACGGAUGGAUGGAUUUCUUGGGUCACUGGAGCAUGCGCCGGUAUGGACAAUCGAAGAAAUCCUUCUACAUUGUGGUGACGCGUCGAUUAUUCGCAAAUCAGCAGUCUCCAUGCCAGUCUGUACGGCGCUGCAGGUGGCCUUGGUAGACGUCUUUGCCGCCGGGCAUAUCACCCCCGCGGCGGUGGUUGGGCAUUCCAGCGGCGAAAUCGCAGCAGCCUACGCCGCAGGCGUCCUGUCGAGGAGGGAAGCAAUCACGAUCUCCUUCUACCGCGGGUACAUGUGCAACACUCUGCCACAGACCCUGGGAGGCAUGGCAGCUGUGGGGCUGGGCCGGGAUGAGGUGCAGCCCUAUCUUGUCCCCGGCGUUCAGAUCGCGUGUGAGAACAGCAGCCAGAGCACGACGAUAAGCGGCGACUUGAAGGCUCUGGAAAGGUGCCUGGCAGCGAUUAAGGCUGAUCAUCCCGCUGUCCAGGCACGGAGGCUCCACGUCGACUUGGCCUAUCAUUCAGGUCACAUGCGAAAAAUCGGUAGCAAGUAUAGCGAUAUUUUGCACAGCCAUAUCGAGGCUCAACCACCUCGCAUUCCAUUCUUCUCGAGUGCCGACGUCAAGCGGCCCACGGGGGCCGGCGACUUCGGGCCUAGGUACUGGCAAGCAAACCUAGAAAGCCCCGUGCUGUUCCACUCGGCCGUGAAACGGCUCCUCGAGGAUUGUCCCGACGCGUCCAUCCACCUUGAGAUUGGCCCCCAUUCAGCCUUGAGCGGUCCCCUGCGACAGGUCUACAGGGAGACAGGAGCCUCUCCGUUAUACUUGCCUUCGCUCACCCGUCACAAGGAUGACGAGGAUGCGAUUCUCGAAACCAUGGGACACCUGUACUGCGCUGACAUCAAGGUAAAGCUUCCUGUGUCUGUCGACGCGCAAGUUUUGACUCACCUGCCCCCCUACCCCUGGCAUUAUGACGGCAGCUACUGGUCUGAGACGCGCGUCAUGUCGAAUUGGAGACAGCGCCGGUAUCCCUCGCACGACAUUCUAGGGUCGCGAGUGGCCGAGGCAGGUGACUUGGAGCCCAUGUGGAGGAAUAUUCUGCGCAUCAAGGACAUCCCGUGGCUUCGAGACCACAAUGUCUGUGGUGACAUUAUAUUUCCCGCUGCGGCCUAUGUGGCAAUGGCUGGCGAGGCCGUGCUGCAACUUGGCGCGAGCCGUGACACCCAGACAGGGUACACGAUCCGGGAAUUACACCUCAGUGCUGCCAUGCUUUUGCGAGAGGACAAGUCGGUCGAAGUCAUGGUGACUUUGAGGCCAAGGAGACUCACCGCCAAGGAGGACAGCAAGUGGUACGAAUUCACCGUGGUCUCGCACAACGGGAGUGCUUGGACCAGACACUGCCGCGGACUUGUCAUCAGUGGCCGCGCUUGCCCCAUGGAUGCAUGUGCCGAAUUCGAAAGCCAAACGCGCAGAGUUGCUUCCAGUCAUUGGUACAAGGCGCUUGCAAAGAUGGGACUCAACUACGGACCAACCUUUACUGGGCUACAAGAUAUCACCUCGGCUGUUUCGGAACAGCUGUGCUCCGCCACAGUCACCGACAAACAAGAAGAAUGCGAGUCGUGGUAUCCCAUGCAUCCGACGACAAUCGACAUAAUCUUCCAGUCCUGGCUCGUGGCUCAGACGACGGGCCUCGAUCGCAAACUCACUGGCUUGUCGCUUCCUACAUUCAUCGAAGAGCUCUAUAUUGGCUGUGCCAUGUCGGCAACCAUAAAGUUGGUCACGACUGGCGGCGACCAGCAGUGUUCAUCAGAUGGCCUUGUCAACGGUCAGACUGCAUUCCGUCUCCGCGGCCUUCGGGGGUCGCCACUCGAAAACACGGAGACGAACAAUAAUUCCCUGGCAUUGACGGUGCAGCGCCUGCAAUGGAAGCCUCACGUUGAUUUCAUGGACCCUGCGAGGCUCAUGAAACCCACGCUCCCCGUCAAGUCGCAGAUGGCGCUUCUUGAGCGCCUACAGCUCGAGCGGUUUGAGAAGCCCGGCUACCCCCUCGUGGAAGAUUCGCCAUGGCUGGUGCGCCUGGACAAAGAAACGCGGCAGAAAUUGAUACUCGAUCAUCUCCAAGAGCUCGAGGCCACCGAGGCCCGGCCUCUGGCGGUGGCCAUAUGGCGAUCAUGCAGUCGACUGGCCGACAUUGUCCAAGGCAGUGUAAAUUUUCUGGACCUGUUGCUGCAAGAUAACCUCUUGCAACAAAUCUACGAUUGGAUGAACGACCUUUUGGACGCAAGCAAUUACUUCUCCCUCCUCGGACAUAGUCAACCACAGCUCAAGAUACUCGAGAUCGGCGCCGGCACCGGCGGACUCACAUCCAAGAUUCUUCAGAGUCUGCGAUCCGAGACGGGCGAGCGCCUGUACCUUAGCUACACAUUCACAGAUGUCUCGUCUGGCUUCUUUCCUAAGGCUCGAGAUCGUUUCAAGGACUACUAUGGCAUAAAAUAUUGUGUUCUAGAUAUCGCCCAAAAUCCCAUGGAGCAGGGAUUCAAGGAGGCCGAGUUUGACUUGAUUGUCGCUUCCAAUGUUUUACACGCAACUCCCAUUCUGGUUGAAACUCUUCGCAACUGUCGAAAAUUACUGCAGCCAAACGGCCGUCUAUACUUGCAGGAGCUGUCGCCAAUCACGAAAAGCGCCAACUUUGUCAUGCUUGAGGGUCUGUUCGCGGGGUGGUGGCUGGGUAGUGAUGACGGUCGACCGAACGAGCCAUAUAUUUUCCCAGAACAGUGGGAUACCAGACUUCGUGAGGCCGGAUUCGACGGCCCGGCCAUUGAGCAAGCUCCCGCUAGGCGGGUGACACUGCUGACGGCAUCACGGGAGCUCGGUCCGCUGGCCCAGGCGACGCAACGGGCGUUAAGGAGAGAUGGCUACAAGGUGGACCGUUGCGUCUGGAAGAUAGACGCCCCCCCUGCCGACCAAGACAUGAUCAGCUUUGUCGAUUUCGAGGACAGCACGCAACCGCUUCUUAGGGACGUGGCAGACAAUGACCUGAAGCAAUUGCUGGAUAUGAUGGACCAUGUUUCGCAAUCGACGCUGCUGUGGCUGACCAAGCCGGCGCAGAUCAGGUGCGAGGACCCAUACCAUGCGCAGAUUCUGGGUCUGGCAAGAACGGCCCGUGCCGAACUGGCCGUCGACUUCGCGACCAUGGAGCUCGACCGGGACGGGGACGCGGCCGCAUCAGCCGUGGCCGGCGUCAUGCGAAAGCUGCAGCUCGCCCGACAGGUGGAUGGCGACGUGAAUGGCGACAUGGAGUUUGCGUUUGCCGACGGCGCCGUACACGUGAGCCGCCUACACUGGUUCUCGGCCAAGAGGGCUCUCGCCGACGUGGCCCCGGCGGGCGAUGCAAAGCGCCUGGUGGUGGGCCAGCGCGGCAUGUUGCAGUCGCUGCAGUGGCGACGACAGAGGCUGGCGGCCCUUGAGUCAGACCAAGUGAGGGUUCGAAUGUGUGCCAUCGGCAUCAACUUUAGGGAGCUCAUGGCUGCCCUGGGCAUUGUCAGGUUCCCCGGCGCCGAGGAGCCGGAUGGUAGCAUCAACGCCUUCGGGGAUGAGGGAGUGGGCUGGGUGACGGCAAUAGGAGCUGCCGUGAACCAUUUCAAGGUCGGAGACCGUGUCAUGUGCAUGGGCUCGACUUCGCCCGGCUUCGCAACCGAGGUCCAGCGGAGGGCCGGGUCCUGCAUCCUCGUCCCCGACCGUCUCAGUGAUCAACAGGCCGCCACCAUGGCCGUGGCAUACAGCACGGCGUUGUACUGCCUCGUCGACAAGGCAAACCUGCAGCGGGGCCAGUCGCUGCUGAUCCACAGCGCGGCCGGGGGCGUGGGCAUAGCCGCAAUUCAUGUGGCUCGCUGGCUCGGCGCCGACAUCUACGUCACGGCCGGAACUAAGGACAAGGUCGAGUUCCUGGAGCGUGAGCUGGGCGUGCCUCGCGAGCGCAUCUUCAGCUCACGAGACGAUGGCUUUGUCGGCGCAGUCAUGGCGGCAACAGCAGGCGUCGGGGUCCAUGUCGUCCUCAACUCGCUGUCGGGCGAUCUGCUGCACGCGUCGUGGCAAUGCGUGGCCCCUUGGGGAAUCAUGGUCGAGAUCGGCAAACGAGACGUCCUCGGCCAUGGGCAGCUCGCCAUGUCUCGCUUUGCGGCCAACCGCACCUUUAGCUGCGUCGACCUAUCGGCCAUGAUGGGCAAUGAGUUCCAGGUGCAGCGCCUGCUGGAGCAGAUAGUCGACCUCUACCAACAGGGACACUUCCACCCGAUCUGCCCCAUAACGGUAUUCGACGCCGUCGAUGUCGAGGACGCCUACCGCCAUAUGCAGCAGGGCCAGCAUAUGGGCAAGAUCGUCGUUAGCCUCUCCGAGCAAGAUGCCUUGCCGCUCGCGCCGAGUAUGCCCGAGCCCGCAUUCAGGGGCAACGCCUCGUAUCUGCUCGUGGGCGGCCUGGGCGGCCUGGGCAGGGCCAUCGCGCCCUGGAUGGUGUCUCAUGGCGCCAGGAGCCUGAUAUUCCUCUCGCGGUCCGCUGGCCGCUCCACAGCUGACCACGACUUCUUCGAGGAGCUGCGCGAGGCUGGCUGCGUCGUGCAAUGUUUCUCGGGUGAUGUGGCCGAUGCCGAGCUCGUCCGUGCCGUUGUGGACCAAGCCCGUCUUCCCAUUGCUGGCGUCAUGCAGAUGGCAAUGGUUCUCAGCGACGCCGGCGUCAUGGACAUGGACGCCUCCAAAUGGGCCGCUGCUGUCCGCCCCAAAGUGGACGGCACAUGGAACCUGCACCACCUUCUCCCCAGGGACCUCGACUUCUUCGUCCUCUUCAGCUCCAUCGCCGGCUUGCUCGGAUACUUUGGCCAAUCCAACUAUUCGUCGGCUAGUGCUUUCCUCGACGCCUUUGUGCAGUAUCGCCAAGCCCUUGGCCUAGUGGCGUCUGUCAUCGAUAUCGGCCCCAUCGAGAACGUAGGCUUUGUGGCUCGAACAGAAGUGGCACGCAGCACCAUUGCAGCCAAUGCCCAGUUGGUCAGUGAGCAGGACUUCCUCGACAUUGUGCAACUAGCCGUCGCGCCGCUCCCCCGGAGGUGUGAUUGUGCCACAGGCAGCUUCGUCAAUUCGACACAGCUUGCCAACGUUCCCUGGUCCGUCAAACCCAUCAUGGACCCGCAGAAUGCGACACUGUGGAAGCGAGAUCCCCGGAUGGCCAUGUACCGCAUCAUCGAGAAGGCUUGGGCCACGGGUAGCGACAACGGCCCCUCCAACUCGAUCCAGACCCUGAUAAGCUCGCUGGGGAACGACCGAGGCAGACUCGACAACAGGGAAUCAUCAGAGGUUCUGGCGCGUGCAAUCGCAUCACGAGCCUCUGAGUUUCUGAUGAAAGACAAGGACCUCGAUUUGUCGCAAACCUUGGCCGCGGUUGGCGUGGACUCCCUCGUGGCGAUCGAGCUGAGGAACUGGUGGAAGCAGGCGCUCGGCGUUGAAGUCUCGGUUUUGGAGUUGAUGAAUGGUGGGAACAUGCUUCAGCUUGGCGACUUGGCCGUGAAUCGACUCAAGAAGAGGUAUAGCUCUACAAAGUAG